GUCUGCCAUCUGCAGUAUUAAAGGAAAACUUUGUAUUCGUGCACUGAAAUUCAUUAUACUAAAUUAGGCGUUAUGUGUAUGUGCGCGUUACUCAAGCCAUGCAGUGUUGUGUGUGACAGAUUCUCUAAUAAUAUCACAACAUAAUUUACAUAGCCCUCUACAGCAUCUCAAGAAUUUCAAUAGGCGAAUAGUUUAUUAUCGUCUGCAUUUUGCGUUUAUUGUUCCUCCCUUAUGGCAAAUUGUUGUUAAGUGUAUGAAAUAUAUCGAUCUACAAAUGUGUUUGUGAUAGAGCAAAAGAUGACAUAUGUUCAAUGAGAUGGAAACAAACUUAAGAAAUCUUUUGAGCUUCUGCGAACGGAAAUGUAGUUUUCUUAUUGGGUCGAAACAGAAAACAUCUCAUCAUGAUUCACACCAAUACUUAAAUACAAUGGGAGAAAUAAAUAAUUCACAAAUGUAGUGUACUAGCUGGAAGUUGUUAUUUGUUGAAUAUUGAUGCUCUGAACUGAGUACGAGGGCAACCACAGCGUAAAAUCAAUCCCACCGUGAAAUGCCUUUGCAACAAAUAAGUGUUUCUCCACUGGAUUGGGUUAAAGAUGCUGGACACACUGGAAGACAAAAUCGCGAUUGGAAAGUUCAGGAACCUGUUUUUACUACAUCAAGUCCAAAUCCACCUGAAAGAUGUUCUUCUCAUGCUUCAAGCCUCUCUAACAAUCAUGACAUUUGCAGAAUUUGCCACUGUGAAGGAGACAGCGAAGUUCCACUCAUUGCUCCCUGCUACUGUGCUGGGUCAUUGCGGUAUGUUCACCAAGCUUGCCUACAGCAAUGGAUCAAAUCAUCAGACAUCCGUAGCUGUGAGCUCUGCAAGUUUCAGUUUAUCAUGCAGAGCAAGAUCAAGCCUUUCAGUGAGUGGGAAAUGCUGGAAAUGUCAGGAGUGGAAAGGAGAAAAUUAUUGUGCUCUGUCACAUUCCAUGCUGUAGCAUUGACAUGUGUCGUAUGGUCACUAUAUGUGCUGAUUGACCGUACAGCCGAAGAGGUGGGGCGAGGAUCCCUGGAAUGGCCUUUUUGGACAAAGCUGGUUGUUGUGGCUAUUGGUUUUACAGGUGGCCUCGUUUUCAUGUACAUCCAGUGUAAGGCAUACGCACACCUCUGUCGUCGUUGGCGUGCCUUCAAUAGAGUUAUAUUUGUACAGAAUGCACCGGAGAAAAUGCCUUCUGGACCUGUGCAGUAUAGCGCACCACCCUUGGCCCGUGAGGAGUCUCUCUUCCUUUCGGAGGCAUCUCACGUCUUAAUGGAAGAUGCUGUGUCAACAAACCAGGUCGGAGCUGAAAGGACUGAGCUCAGCAGUCCCAGCAGCAGUUGCCAUGUUACAUCACCUGCAGAAGCAUUAGGUGCUCCAGAGGAGGCUGUCUCCCUUUGUGAAAUUAGCCGUCUGCUUCAGGUGGAAGAUGCUUCAGAGGAUGCUGGACGAUCUACAGCAACACCAGCUGUAGCAUCCCUUAGUGCCAGCAGCAGUGAGGAAUCAUUCCCUUCACCAUCGACACAACUUCUGAAGAUGCCGGUGUCUCCAGAGCGAGCAGCGCGGGGAAGGACAGCUACCGGUCCACAGGGUCGAUCACUUGGCUCACAGUCUCCACUCCUUCACGAUGAUGGCAGUGGUGCCAGUGGAUGCCAGUGAAGACUGCCAGUGCUAGUCUAACAAAAUUUCAUAUCCAGUAACAAGUCACUUAUGUGAGUUAAUUCUUUUAAAGAAACUGUGGAAGUGUCCUCUGAAUUUCUUUUGUGUGCAUCACAGCAAUGUGUCAAAAAAAAUUACGAAGUCCUCCAGGCCCGUGUACAAGCAGGAGACAUUGGUGUAACUGAUUUGCCUUUUUAAAUCGUGCCUGAGUCAUAUUCUACAUAAUGAUUGUCUGUUGUUAAUUGUUUGUAGUCCGCAGUACACCUCUUUAAAUUUUCUGAAAUUUGUAUGUGUUGUAGAAAUUAUAACAUUGAGUUAUAUGUAAGCAGAGUGAGAAGGUGGGAAAUGUAGGUUAAACUUGUAUGCAAAAUGAGGUGCUAAUAAUAAAUAGUCAUAUAUUAGAAA